CACUCACACACACACACACACACUACCGUAAUGUCUAUAAUAUGGGAGCAGCUCACAGAAUAUAAUAUAUGAAUAAUGCUAUAUGAGGCUCUUACUGAAAAAUCCUCAACGUGUAUUUUAAUUUUGGGGAUUAUAUUAGAGUCUUAAUUUGGAAACACAUCCAGACAGUCGGACUCAGAGCCGGUCAGAUCGACACUGAUAUCGAAAGGUAAAUUCACACGUGAGCUACGUUUCCUGACAUUACGGUAAAGAUCAAUCUGGCCCCUUGUCAGGUAGAUUUCCGUCCCAGGCUGAGUUUGAGGUUUACACAUUGGAGGUUUAUACACUGACAACAGACUUUCAAACCUCAUAGCAAACAACCUUUGUACUGUAUAUUCACACGAUGGAAUGUGCAUGAAAUGUGCCUACAAUGACAUUUAUGAAAUCAUUUAAAUUAAAUGUAAACCAAUGAGUUUAAUUUCUAUGUUUUUUGGGGGUAUAUUUUGUAUAUAUAUGUAAUUAUACUAUUAAAUAGUUAUACCUUUUGCGUCCCCAUUACAUUAGAGACAUGGUUUUAUUUGUUUGUGUUUAUUUAUUUGUCUAUUAUUAUCAUUUUAUUUAAUUGAACCUUUAUUUAACCAGGAAAGCCCAAAAUGUCCUUCUCAAGUGUGUCUUAGCCAGGGUUGAACACAAUUUUAUAGAAAAACAAGACAGACAAACAAUUUUAAUAAUCAUGAAUUUUUAUACAACCAUAAUUGUAAAAAAAAUGCAGCUGUAUAAAACACUAAUCAAACAAACAAACUAAAUAUUAGUGUGAAAAAAACAGUCUGAAACAAUAACAUAACCAACACGUCGAUCUUCUAAAAUACCUUUACACCUUUAAAUCAAAGUAUUGAUUAUGUCUGAUAGGCCUGCUUUUGUGUUAUUGAUGUGAAAUGUGAGUGGGAAAUGUGUCACUAUGUGUUGACCAUGUGUUGAAUGGAGUAAGGGGAGCUGUGGUGAAGCAGCUCUUGAGCAAAACACAGGUCAUAGACCAAUGGCCGUCACCAGCUACGUCACAAAUCAUAUUCUGCAGACGUGUGUUGCAUGUCCACAUCCACCCACUAUAAGAUAAGAGUUCCAUUUUUUUCCAACCAAGUGUGAUGGAUUAAAUCAAAGCAGUGAUUUUCUUCCAGGAUGAUGUCCUGAUGAAUGCUGUUCUGGUUGAAAUUGUUGGCUGUUUUUGUAAAUUCAGUUUAUUUUUUUAGACUUCUUUGCUAAGUCUAAAGUCUAGUUCCAAAAAAAUCUGAUGUGCUCUUGCGCCUAUUUGUAGGCCCACUAUAAAUAGGACCCUGCUGGCAACACAUGCAUGUCUAUGAUAGGCGGUUACAGAGAUUUUUUCCUCACAGACUCUACCUCCAAGGCAAAAUUGACAACAUCUCAAUGGUUUUGUUACCAAUCUGAAGCUUUUCCUUUUUUUUCUUCUUCAGGGGUUUUUCCAUGGAUAAUACCACCAAGUUUGAGCCUUGAAUUUUUUGACAAAGUGUGGAUGUGAACACGGAGCAGUUUUAUACUGUGGGUGACACAUUUAUCUUGGACCUUACUUUUUUUGUGUGAAUUGCUUCAGUGGACAAUGACUUCCAGAAGGCCAAUGACUCGCACUUACUCUGCCAAUGGGAGGACAAGCAGCUUCAGUGAAGAGGAGGGCAACGGUUCCAAUGGCCGCUCAGAAAGCCGCAGUAGUUACCUCUCGAAUGUUAGGCCUGAAAACAGCUAUUCAAGGUAUUCUCACUACAGGCCAACGAGGAGCACAUUGUGCAGCGUCAUGGCUCAGCUGACCGAGGACAUACAGCCGUCCUUUGAGACCACCUUGAAAUCAAAGGCCGUGUCAGAAAACUGCAAUGUCAAGUUUACCUGUGUGGUGUCAGGUUACCCAGCUCCAGAGCUGAAAUGGUAUAAAGAUGAUAUGGAAAUGGACCGGUACUGUGGACUCCCAAAAUAUGAAAUUCGUCGCAAUGGAAAAAAUCACACCCUCCAUAUUUACAACUGCACAUUGGAAGACGCCGCUAUCUAUCAGGCCUCGGCCAGCAACAGUAAAGGCAUUGUCUCCUGCUCGGGAGUAUUGGAGGUUGGCACCAUGAGCGAGUACAAGAUCCACCAGCAGUUCUUUGCCAAGCUGAAGCAGAAAGCAGAGAAGAAGAAGAAAGAGCAGGAAGAGCAAACCAAGAAGAAGGAUAAAGAAAACAUUCAGACGGAGAAACCACAGAAUAGCCCAGAACCUCCUCCAAGGAAGCGGCACAUCCAACCAACACAGGAUAAGCCUGUGGUCAAGGAGCCUGAUGCUGGGGAACAACUGCCAGCUGCUGCAGAACCUAACGGAGUUACCACAGAAGUCACGGCCCCUGGCGCAUCCAUCGACAGCAGCCAAGAGGAAGAGACAACUCUAUCUGUGGACACGUUGGCUAACAAGAAAAUGAAGAUCUCAAAUAGUGUAGAUGCAGGUCUUAACAGUAGCAGUAGCAAUAACAGUGACAAAAGCCAUAUGAUGGGUAAUGGAGGUGAAAACUGUUACGAUGGCGGAAUCAGUUUGGCACAGUUUCUUGCAGAGACCCUCCAGACUCAGGCUGCUGAGGAGAAACAGAACCCAUCUCGAAUGGAGAAACCUAAAGAUAUUCCUAGAAGUGACAGUAAAGAGAAAGAGCUGACGCAAAUAGAGAGGGGUGAACAAGGAAAAGCUCCAGAGGAAGAGUAUGAGAGAGAGAAAAGAAAAGAGGAGGACUUGGCAAUAGAAAGAGAGAAUGAAAGAGAGAGGCCAUUGGAGAUGUUGCACACAACAGGCCACAGUAAACAUGGUUCAGAAGGCAAACAUCACAGCAAGGCUCAUAAGGAUCACGACCACCACAACAUCCAGACUUCCAUCUCCUCUAUGCUCCACACGGUCAAAGACUUCUUCUUUGGUAAGAGUAAGAAGGACUUCCAUGAGAACAUGGAGAAAGAGUUUGACCACGACUCAAUUCAGCAUUUUCAACCGGAAACGCCGCCGCCGUCCUCUCGGCUGCGACCGGGACCUGAUCUAGAUGUAUCCAAGCCUCUCACAGAGGACGUCGUGCCUAUGGAAACCACAGGAAAUCCACAGGAAACUUCAGAAAGUGCGAAUAUGGUACAACAGUCAGUGUCAUUGGAGAAGCAUGAACACAAGAAAGAGGACAGUUUUCUACAAAUGGACCCGCCACCAGGUCAUAAACUGCCACCUGAGCCCACAGAGGAGUCCACAGGGCAGAGGGUCAAGGAGGCUGAUGAGCCUGCGGAGGCCAUGGAGGUGUCCGUGGGGGUGGGGAGCAUCAGUCCAAGCGAAGAAAUGCCAUUGUCUGAGCCUCAUAUUCUCACUGAGAUGGAACACAAAGAUUCUCAGGUAGUCUCAGUUCUAAAAGAUGUUCCUGUAAACCAGCAAGAGCCAGAUUGCCCGGUUGAUUUUCUGCAACCUAAUCACCAGGCUGCCUUACCACAGACCACGGCCCCUUAUGAAGAAGAAUUCACCCCCACCUCCACCAUCACCAGUUUGGAAGAGAGCUGGAUCCCCCCACGCAGUGCUAUCUCUGAAUCAGACAGCCACAAACACAGACAAGCACCCACUGAAACGCUGCAUGAGCAGCUGAGUGUUGAUAAGAUGGAUGAAGGAGGUAAACCUUACACAGAGGAAGGCCGUGCCUCCAGUAUGUUGUGUGAGGAAGAGAAAGCGGAAGUGAAAUCCAUCGAACAGCCGUGCGCACAUAUAAACAGAUCUGAGACUAUUGAAUUAACGACAGCUUCGCUGGAAGAGAGAAUAGAGCCAUGUGAAUACAAAACACCAGAUCAGGUGCUUUCACCUCUGUCAGCGCGUACUGCAGUGAAAGAUAAUGUAAAGGAAGAGACAGUAUGUACUUCACCUAUUCAGGGAAUCGAGGUUGCAGGCUUUCCGCCUACCCCAGCGCAAGAGAGUUCAGAGAAGGUUGACCCAAAAAUACAGCAUGAAAGCGCUCCUGUAGUAGAGGGAAGUGCAGAAGUCCACAAUCUCAGUGCAGUACAGAGCUCAGAUUUUAGAAGCAGUGAAGAGAGAAGUGACAUGAAAGAGGUAUUGAAUUCUGCUUUAGAGAAAGAUUUAGCAGUUAACCUAUGUAACAAUGUAAACACGCAAGAGCCCACAAUUUUAGAAAGUGAGAACACGGAAGCAAGGUGUGAGCGUUUACAGAUUGAGUUGGAGACAGACAAGAGAGCAGGCGAGUUGAAUGAAUCAACAAUACUUUCAGUGACACAAAAGGUUACGGAGGAACACACUGAAACCACACGUCAAGAUGAUGGCGAGAGACAGCUGGGCUGGCCUUCGGGGAAUAUUCCACAAAUCCAAAUAUCUACAGUUGAAGACACCCCACAUAUUAAACCACCAACUGUGCCAGAUGUAAACCCAAAUUUUCAUUUUGUAAUCCCAAAAAUUGAAAUAAUGGAGCCUGAGGUCAUAGAGUGCGCUAUCUUGGAUUUGAAUAAGUCAGAAUCAGAGUCUGGCAUUAUGCAGAAACACUAUGCAACUCAUAAGUCAAAAGUGAUAAUUCAAGACAUGAGCAUGACUGAUUCUUCAGGCUUGCCGCCCACACAGAAAGCUAUGCAGAAUGAUCAUAACCUUUGUCCUACAGAGAGAGUAAAGGAAGUUGCACAAUUGUAUGAUGUGACAAAAAUAUUUGAGCAGGAGCAGCCACACGAGAAAAGCAGCCAACAGCUCCCUCAGAUGGACUGUGCAUCGAGUCCUGUUUUAAAUGUUUCAUGCAGUGAUGACAGGGAGAGCGGUGCAUUUGUAAAUGCACAUGUUUCACACACACCGGAGCCUCUUGAAGCGCGGACGGUGCCUUUGUUUGUGGUGCCACCAAUCUCCGUCACUUGUCACGAAAGUGAUCCUGGACUGGAACUGCCCACACACAGUGUGGGGGCAGAAACAGAGACUUCAGAUGCCACGCAAAGAGGAGCAAAGCACGAUGUUGACAAUAACGUGAGCACAAAGCCUGAAAAAAAUCAAAGUAGGAGAGAGAACCUUGAAGAAGUGGCGGAGAAGAGUAUAAAAGAGAACACCCCCUCUUUGCCAUGUGAAGCUCUGGUACCAAGGGCUGGCGACAACGUGCCAUCAUCCAAUAAGACAACAGAGGACAACAUUGUUCCUGAAAUAUUCAAAGUAAAACCUCUUAAAGAGGCCAAAUUAGAGAAUUUUGUGUCUGUUGAGGACCUGCAAAGAGGCAGACCUUCUGUUGACAGACUCAGCUCUAAACCCCCAGCACAUCCAUCGCUGAGUCCAGCCAGUCUCCGCAAAUUCAUGUCCAGAGCUGCUCCAGACUCAGACAAUGAGACUGGGACCGUACCCGUCAUCACCGUGGGUAAUGGUCAGAGCGACAAGGUGGAUGAAGAUCUCAGCGGUGGCUCAACGCCGACGUCCUCCCUCUCCUGUGAGAGCAGUCCCCGGCUAAAACGCAGAGACAGCCUGACGCUCAUCCGCUCUGCCACGCCUGAGGAACUGGCCUCCGGCGCCCGCCGCAAAAUCUUCAUCCCAAAACCCAAAGAGGACGGAGACGGAACAGUGGCCGGUGUGCUGGACGCUCAGGGCAAGAAGGAGAGCCCCUACAUGUCGCCCAGCCAGGCUCGCAGGGCGGCAUUACUUCAAGCUCCCAAAGGACAAAACACCCCACCCAUGGAGAGGCGCUCUCCACUACUGAACCGCAGAAAGGCCAUCUUGGAGGUUCCUAAGGUCGUAGAGGAUGCUCCCAAAGAAGAGCCGGUCACCAAGAGAGAGGAGAAACCAGCUGAAAAGAAGCUAGAUCCGUUGAAAGCACCCCAGGUCAUCCGUAAGAUCAGGGGAGAGCCGUUCCCAGAUGCCUCUGGACACCUGAAGCUGUGGUGCCAGUUCUUCAAUGUACUCAGUGACUCCACCAUCAAGUGGUACAGAGAUGAGGAGGAAAUAUUAGAGGUGAAGAGAAGUGGAAGUGAUGAAAGCCAAGUAGCGCUGGCUAUUGUGCUGGCAUCCAGUCAAGACUGCGGGGUAUUCGGCUGUACGAUCAAUAAUGAAUACGGGAGUGACACCACUGACUUCCUGCUCAGUGAAGACAUUCUUUCUGAAAUACUUCUAAGAGAGGAUUUGGAAGUUGGAGAGGAGAUUGAGAUGAUGCCACUCCUGUUCACUAAAGGCCUGGUCGAUGGUGGCAGCUGGGGCGACAAGUACUUUGGCCGCAUCAUGACUGAGGCGGCUCACAUCGGGGAGGGCUGCGCUCACAAAGCCAGCAGAGUGAAGGUUAUUUAUGGCCUUGAUCCCGUCUAUGAUUCUGGAAGCAAAUGCAUCAUUAAAGUUAAAAACCCCAUCGCAUACGGCACUAAACAAGAGAGCAACCUCGCGGAGAGAAAUCAAGAAAUUACUAAACAAGAGUGCAAAGUCCAAAACAUGAUCCGAGAAUACUGUAAAAUCUUUUCGGCUGAAGCCAGAGUUAAUGAGGGCUUUGGCUUUACACUAGAAGUGAUUCCUCAGUGUCUGAUGUACCGGCCAGCAAACUCCGUGCCUUAUGCAACAAUGGAGGCUGAUCUUGGGGGCGUCUUGCUCAAGUAUUGUAUGAUGGAUCCUAAAGGCAGGUUGAUUACACGAACCGUUUCUGAGGUGGAGAUGAAAUGCAGCUCCUUCCAGCAUUGGAUCCAUCAGUGGACACAUGGCAAUUUGCUCGUCACUCGACUGGAAGGUGUUGAAACAAAGCUUACUAAUGUCAGAGUUGUGACCAAGUCAAAAAGCUACCAAGGAUUAACGGAGGAAGGCUCUCCUGAAGUAUUGGAGCAGUUCCUGACGCAGCAUCAGUGCAACUACUACUGUGGACUUCUCGGCCUGCGUCCGCUGAAGUCUAUGGAUAGUCUGCAGCAGCCUACCAAGGUGAAGGGCUCCAGGAGCCCCCUUCUGAACCGCAAGUUAGGCUCCGGCAGCCCACAGCUGCAGCGGAAAGGACACAGCCCUCAGAUGUCCAGAAAGGCAAACUCUAGCCCAAAAGUGACUAGAAAGGUUCAGGAGACAGAGGACAAUAAAUCAGAUGACAAACCCAAGCCUGCAGAAACUGGUGAUGCUCUCGAAAAGCGAUAGGAUGAAGGACUUAUUUUGUUUCCAGCCACGUUUAAUGGACUUUACUGGUUACGUAUUAACUGUUUCUUUCCAAUUACCUAUGCCAGCAUGGACAUGAAGAGUACGAUUUAUGAAAAAAAAAAGACUAGUUUGUUGACCUAACUUGUUAAAAACAGAUUACUGUGAAUUUCUCAGUCGACAUUACAAUUAGGAAACAUCCAUUUUCCAGCUACUCAGUUAACUUCUAUACUCCAGUAUAGUUUAAAGGUUUAUGGGAAUUUUUGGAGAGAUGGACAAAGGGUUUUUGGCCUUAUUAUAGCUCAGAAGUGCCACCAAACCAAGGUUAGUGAUUUUUUUUUUUUUUACUGUUAGAGACUGAAAAGCAGCCACAUUCAAACACCUGCCUCAGAGUCUUCUCAGCUCUAUGACGGGACAAACUCUCCAUGCCGUUUUCUUUUGUGUAGUGGUGUGAUUGAAAGGACUAUAAACAAUACAUGACCACAACCACAGCACUGCAUGACCAUCUGUGAUGAUGUACAGUGUGUGUGUAGAGUAUAACAUUUAUUAUGGAGAUGAUAUUUAUGGUUAGCUGUAGAACUGCCCCUACUGAAUCUCUCUACCCAGCAAAGUUGAGCUCAUGCUGUGGGAUAGCACCACCAUUUUUUAGUCAAAGAUAUUUGUGUGCACUUUUGUUUUAUGGCAUUAGUUUUUAGUAGUUUUUGAGUACUUUAUUAUAAAUGUUGUCUGUAAUCAGUUCUUUCAAAGUAUUUCAUAAUGUAUGCUGGAGAAUGCCACUGUCAUAGGAGUUAAGGGCUUACCACUCCUUAACUAUGGCAUGCUUAUGCUCAUUGACACACAAACAUGGGAGUGUGUUUCUGGCAGCAAGGAAGGAGUGGGGGGGGGAAUAACCAAAACAAUUACUAGACCAGUUUUUAGCAUUUAUUUUUAAAAGUUGCAAAACCAGCAUGGACUAUAGAACAGGAAUUAAAUCUAUAUCACGUUGUCCCACAAAUAUCCAUGGUAAUAAUGAAAAACCAACCAUUACCCUCUCCCUUUGACAGGAAAGCGAUAAUAGUUAGUUGGUUGAUAGAUUAGUUAAUGAUCAACUAUAUUCUUUAAAUGAGUCCAGAGCUGCUCCUUAACUGAAACAUUUUUAAUGAAAGCAAAAGAAUUAUUGGAGAACUAUUUGAAUUCGAGUCGAAUAUUUGAAAAAGCAAGAUAAGUCAAUGUGUGUUAACCAGCUGAGAAUGAAGAAAAACACAGUGAAGUUAAGGUGUGGUGUCAUAUAAACAAAUUGUCGUACUGUGAUUAUGUGUACAUAAAGUCAAAGAACUAAAUAUCUGGAGUAGUGUAAAGAAAAAUGUUAAAUGUGUGAGGGAGAGUGUGAAUGAGCGAGUGAGAUAAUGAAUGAACGUGUGCUGUCUUUGGUAUGGAACCAUGUCGGCUGAUGGUUUUGUUUUGUUUUUUUAAUAAAUGUGUAAAACAUU